AUGGAAGCACCGCCAUUCGUUAUGUUACACAAUGUCUCAACUCAAGGUCAAUCUGUGAACAAUAUUAAACUUGAUAAACAAGCUAAUUUUCAUAUUGAUCCUCUGUCAACUAGAAAUCCAAAUAUUUUUAUUUAUGGCCUUGUUGCUGAUUUAAUUCGUGAACUUCAACAGAAAAUGCAUUUUAAUUACACUAUUGAUGUAGCUGAUCGAUCAACAGACUAUCAUUCUCUUGUUGCAUCAGUAGCAAGUGAUGAUCGUCAAUAUGAUAUUGUUUUAUCUGAUAUUAGAAUAACUUCAAGUCGUCUUUUAACAGUUGAUUUUUCUACACCAUUUCAUGAAAAUACAUUUCGAAUAAUAACUCGACAACAACCAUAUUCUUCAUCGCUUAGUCUUUUCUCAUGUUUAAAUCCAUUUACUUGGGAUGUAUGGGCGGCUAUUUUUUCAAUUAUGAUUUAUUCAGCAUUUAUGAUUUACUUUUUUGAAUAUCAAAAUAUUAAAACUGAAGAUAAUCAAUUCGAAUUAAAAUCUAUUGUAAUUGGUAUAUGUCAGGCGUUAACUAGUAUUUUGAUUAUGAGUGGUGAUGUACGUUUAACAACACAUUCAAGUCGAUUAACAAUUUUAGGUUUAUAUGCAUUAGGUAUUAUUCUUGUUGCAACAUAUACAGCUAAUCUUUCAUCGUUUCUUACAUUAAAUCGUGCUCAACCAUCUAUAUCUGGUAUUGAUGAUAUUAAAAAUGGUCGUUUACCUUUUUCACGUAUUGGUAUUAUCACUAAUUCAGCUGUAUCAGAUUAUUAUAUACGAAAUAUUUCUUCUAUAUAUCAUCAUCUUUCUACAGUUGAAGAUAUGUACUCAAAAUUACUUGAUCGUACAAUUGAUGCAUCCAUAUGGGAUUCAUCUGUAAUUGAAUAUGCUGUUAAUAAUUAUUUUUGUGAUGAAUUAACUGUAACUGGUGUUGGUUUUGUUAAAUCAUUGUUUGGUAUUGUUUUACCUAAAGAUUGGUUAUACAAGAGAGAUUUAGAUGUUCAUAUAUUGGCUAUGCGUGAGUCUGAAAGAUUAGAAUCAUUAGAAAAUAUAUGGCUUAAAUAUCGAACAUGUUCAUCAUCAUCAUCAUCAAGUAAUCCAAAUCAUACUGAUGAUUCGAAAAGUGAAACAUUUUCACUUGAUGCCUUGGGUGGACUCUUUCUUACGUUUCUGAUUAUAACUGCGAUUGCUUUUGGUCUUCAUAUAUGGCAUUGUCGAGUAGUUAUCAUCACUAAAUUUUAUCAGAGUACGCAACGUGUAAGACUACAAACAGUACAAAUGACAAUGAGAUAUUAA